AGCAGCCGCUCUGCUCGCUGCGCGCAGCCGCAUCUCACAGCAGGAAUUUGGGGAGUGGAAAUACCGCCGUUGCUUUCGAGACUCGCCUCAUAUAUCUCUGACAUUUCAGCUGCGGCGGUCGCUGCGAGCGGAGAAACGCGGAGAAACGGCGGAAGACUGGACCGAGAAGAGGACACGCUUUUCACUCACCAUCGAUCAACUAUCAUUUUUGCAUCUCUCCCCAUUUUUUUUCCUGAUCUUGGAAUUGAUACUUGUUCCUCCAGGGUGUCCUAAGUCAAAGAUUUGAGUAGGAAUCCAGGGCGCACAGCUGCCACUUUUGCCCCAGUCGGAUUUUUUUUUUCUUUCAGAUUUUUUAUUUUGCAUUUGGAUUAUUAUCUUUUUUUUAUUUUUUUAUUUUUUUUUUAAUUCCAAGAGAUGGCAAGUUGUUCCCCGCCAGAUCUCUGGUGCUGACGCUCACAGGAUGCUGGGGACCUUACAACCACCAGAUCUCUUACUUUGAGACAAAUAUCGGUCAUUUCUCUGGACGUAAACUCCUUGGACGUUUCCCACAUUUUUUUGUCUGCGUCUUUUCUCCUUUUUAUGUGAAAGAAUAUCGGUCUCGUGCCAUCUAUUGAGGAUGCGUAGUGGAUUGCUUUUGCUUCUUCUCGCCCAAGUCAUCUUGGUGUCGCCGUUGACACAGACUGAUAAAUGCGGGGGGAACAUAGAGAUCCAUGCUGCGGACUACCUGACCUCCCCGGGUUACCCCGGAGCCUACCCGUCCUCCCAGCAGUGCGUGUGGGUCAUCACCGCCCCCGAGCAGGGCCAGAAGAUCCUCAUCAACUUCAACCCGCAUUUUGAUCUGGAGGACAGAGACUGCAAGUAUGACUAUGUGGAAGUUUACAACGGCGGGGAUGAGCUGUCGCCCAUGCUGGGGAAGUUCUGUGGGAAAAUCGCUCCGUCUCCGAUCAUCUCCAGCGGUACCCAGCUCCUCAUCAAGUUCGUCUCCGACUACGAGACGCACGGGGCGGGAUUCUCCGUCCGCUACGAGGUCUUCAAGACAGGUCCAGAGUGUUCCAGGAACUUCACGGCUCCCAGGGGCGUCAUCAAGACGCCGGGCUUCCCCGACAAGUACCCCAACAACCUGGAAUGCACCUUCAUGAUCUUCGCCCCCAAGAUGUCGGAGAUCAUGGUGGAGUUCGACAGCUUCGACAUGGAGCCCGACACCACGCCGCCGCCGGGCGCCCUCUGCCGCUACGACUGGCUGGAGAUCUGGGACGGCUAUCCUGCAGUGGGUCCCCACAUCGGCAGAUACUGCGGCCACACGUCCCCGGGCCGGGUGAUCUCCUACACCGGCAUCCUGUCCAUGACCAUCACCACUGACAACGCCAUCGCCAGGGAGGGGUUCUCCGCUAACUACACCAUCCGCGAGAGGAGCCUCCCCCUGGGAUACGAGGACGAGGAUUUCGCGUGCAUGGAGCCGCUGGGCAUGGAGUCGGGGGAAAUUUCUUCAGACCAGAUCACGGCCUCCUCCCAGUACAACUCCAACUGGUCCCCCGAGCGCUCCCGCCUCAACUACCAGGAGAACGGCUGGACGCCGUCAGACGACACCGUGAGGGAGUGGAUACAGGUGGAUCUGGGGUUCCUCCGGUUCGUCACAGCCAUCGGGACGCAGGGUGCCAUCUCAAAAGAGACCAGGAAGCACUACUAUGUCCGCUCUUACAAAGUGGACCUGAGCUCCAACGGGGAGGACUGGGUCACGGUGAAGGAGGGCUCCAAGCAGAAGAUCUUUCAGGGGAACUACAACCCAACAAACGAGGUCCGCGCCUUCCUCCCCAAACAGACCCUGACUCGCUACAUCCGUAUCCGGCCCAUGAACUGGGAGCAAGGCAUCUGUAUGCGCUUCGAGAUCUACGGCUGCAGGACGUCAGACUACCCGUGUUCGGGGAUGCUGGGGAUGGUGUCGGGCCAGGUCUCGGACGCUCAGAUCAGCGCGUCGUCCUACGCCGACCGAGGCUGGGUGGCUGAGAACGCCCGCCUGCUGACGGGCAGGUCGGGCUGGACGGGGCAGCAAACCAAGCAGCCCUUCAGGAACGAGUGGCUACAGGUGGAUCUGGGCCAGGAGAAGAUGCUGAGCGGUGUGGUCAUCCAAGGGGGGAAGCACCGCGAUCGUAACGUCUUCAUGAAGAGGUUCAAGCUGGGUCACAGCAUGGACGGAGAGGACUGGACCGUAAUCAAGGAGGAAAACACGACCAAGACCAAGGUCUUCAUCGGGAAUCAGAACCACGAAACCCCCGAGCUGAGAACGGUCGGCCCGCUCCUGACCCGCUUCGUCAGGAUCUACCCGGAGAGAGCCACCAACGAGGGCGUGGGUCUCCGUCUGGAGCUGCUGGGGUGUGAACUGGACGAAAUAACCACCACGGGGCUUCCCACCACCCCGCUCGCCUCCACCCUCCCCAUGACCACGUUUGGUGCGACCACCACGGCGCCGACCACGGUCCCCGCCACCACACCGAGCACGGACUGCGAGGACGGUCGAGCGGACUGCGACGGUGAAACAGACGCACCUGAAGACUACGACCCGGAGACCGCCUAUCUGUGGUUCGCCUGCAACUUCGACUUCUUGUCGUUCUGCGGCUGGAGCAGAGAGAGCGGCUCGGGAGCCGAUUGGGUCAUCCAGGCCAGCGGGGCUCCUGCCGUCCACAAAGGACCGACCCUGGACCACACAGGCGGAUUAGGGAACUUCAUCUACAUGCAGCUGACCGACGCAGACGCUCCGAGCAAAACCGGCCAAGACAAAGACGAGGAUGAGAAGGUGGCCAGGCUGGUCAGCCUGCCCAUCACCACACCCGACACCACCCUGUGCAUGUCCUUCUGGUACCACAUGUUCGGCGAGCACGCAGGCUCGCUUCACAUCAAGCACAGGAGGGAGGCUGAGGAGGAGCAGAUCCUGUGGAUGAUCAGUGGUCACCAGGGCAACCGCUGGAGGGAGGCGCGUGUUUUACUGCCACGCUCCAACCUCUCCUAUCAGGUGGUGGUGGAAGCUGUCGCAGACAGACGCAGCACAGGCCACGUCGCCGUGGACAACAUCAAGAUCAAGGACGGGCUCAACGCCGAGGACUGCAGGGAUCCUAAACCUCCCACGUCUCCUCCGACUGAUAUCUUUAUGCUGCCUAUAGACUCUCUGCCGCAGGAGACUGGGGACCUGGGCGGCCCGGGCAACAUGCUGAAGACCCUGGACCCCAUCCUCAUCACCAUCAUCGCCAUGUCUGCGCUGGGCGUCUUCCUGGGCGCCAUCUGCGGCGUCGUCCUGUACUGCGCCUGCUCGCAGGGCAGCAUGACCGACAGGAACUUAUCCGCCCUGGAAAACUAUAACUUUGAGCUGGUGGACGGAGUGAAGCUAAAGAAGGACAAGAUGAACGGACAGACCAAUAACUACUCCGAGGCGUGAGGAGGAGACGCGGGAACGGGGCUCCGAUCGCUCCACGGAUGGACUUGUCGACGCAGCCAAUCAGGAGGGAGAGAGAAACAGGGGGCUGAAGCCACUAACGGGACGGCAGGGUGGGCUGACAGUGAGCCGAAGUAAUUUUAUUUCUCAGGAGCUGCAGUGGAAGGGACUGACCUGUAGGGGGCACUGUGUAUAAAGAAAAUGUACAGGAAAAAAAAAAAAGGAAAAGAACAAAAAAAAACUAAGGAUUCUCUUCGUUUCUCGACGUGCUUUGUUGAUUUCAUGUAAUCACAUGCUGGUGUUGAGACCAAUUCAGAGGAAAAUAUCGUUCGUGUACUUAAUUGGAAGAAUUUGACUUUUUGUUUGUUGUUUUUUUUGUCUUUUGUUUCAGAUGCAAUUGCUUAACAGGACGAACAAAGUAUGUGAAUUUUGACAUAUAGCUCAUUAGCUGGUUAUAUGUCCCACAGAGGGUGUGACACACUCGUACAUCUCCAUCUAAGGUGUGCGUGUGCAUUACGCUUAUGUUUAUCUGCAUACCUGAAGUGCAGGCAUGUGUGUGUGUGUGUGUGUAUGUGUAUGUGUAUGUGUGUGUGUGCGUGUGCGUAUGUGUGUGUGCGUGUGCGUGCCUGUGUGUGUUUGUGUGCAGCAGGCGCCGUCCAGGCCCGCGACCCUGCGUCCAGCUCCAACAGUGCCUUUUCUUUCCUCCAGUAUGUUUUUUGUUUUUUUCUGUUGCCUUUUUUUCUUUUCUUUUCUCUGCCAGUUGUUUUCCCGUCAGCUGGCAUCUUGUCCGGCAUUCUGACACAGAAACAAAUUCCAGACUGUGAUCAUAAAACUACACGUUUUUAUCGCUGUUGUGUGCCGUCACUUAGCUCGCCACGCGUGUCGGUUGUGGGUCUGUACGUUUUCAUGCUUUGUUGGCGGUCGUACCGACUCGGACUAAACUGUUUUAAUUCAGAGAUGAGAUUUAGUUUCCUGGAGAACUGAAGAAAACUAUGGGAUUUUCCAAACGAGAAAAUAUGUGGGAGCUCUGAAAGCCUCAUUUUCAUGGCACAUGACACAUCCUACAGAUUGUACAUAGGUUUUAAUAUAUUGAGCGCCAUUUUCUAUAUAAAAAAGGAAAAAAAAAGACACCAGUGCUGCAGUAUCCUUUCUGGGCAGGAAUCAAACUGGCGGUUGCUGUUCAGAUGACCAGAGAAACACAGGGUGCCGCUUCGGUUGCAAACGUAACCUGGAUGCGAAGAGCAUUUCUUUUCUAAACAGGGUAAAACAGACAACCUCAGCACCAGGACGACGUUGACAAAAGGUCAAGGAGGAGUCAGUCAUGAUCGCAAUCGUGGAUCGAUGCCCUUCACUGGCAGACGACGUGAUUGUUAAACCUUCGGUGCGUCCGGGAGUCAUGAGAAGGACUUCAGGCAUCUUUUAUUGGGCUCGCAGGAUGUGGAUGGGUCAGAUUGUAACUCUCUGGACUGAUAAACCGUGCAUCUGUGUUUGCUGGGAAGCUGCUGCACUCUCUCUGGUGCACUCAUGCUGACUAUCAGGGGGGAAAUGCUGGAAAAGUCUGCAGAGCUAAAUCAAGUUCAUCGGUCCCAACAGACGCUCGCUGCAGAAGCACUGAUGUUUCACACCGUUUUCACCCCACAGGUCCCUCUGUUUGACUUUUUUUGUUCACCAAGAUCUACAAACAUGACAGUUCAGUUUGACUGUUAUAGUCAAUGUAAAAUCCGUCCAUCCAUUUAUGCAUCCAUCCAUCAUCUGGACCUGCUUCUUCUGAUUCAGGGUGCCAGGGAUCUGCUGGAAUCUGCCCCCACUCUCUUCGGGUGAGAGGUUGGGAUACACCCUGGACAGCUAGCCAGUCCAUCACUGGGCUGCAUGAAGAGAAUAAACGAAAAAGUGAAUUUGAAAUAUUAACUUGAAAUAUUAACUUGCAGAGCAAUCCCUGUUUUAACACAUCUUCUGUUCUUCUUUUCAAGUUGCUUCCUGACUUGCAUUUAACGCCCAUUUUCUGAACCGUCCCUGUUAAUCUAGAAGGCACUUUCUCUUUCCUGUCAAUAUCAAACAAUUUAGGCAUUCGGGGGGUUUGAAGGGGGUGAAACUUAACAAAUCCUGCCUAUUUCUCUGACCAAAAUAUGUCAAAAUGAACAGGUCAUGUGCAAUACUGCAAAUGACUUAGUGCAGGGGUCACCAACCCUGGUCCUCGAGGGCCGGUGUCCCUGCAGGUUUUAGAUGUUUCCCUGCUUCAUUGCACCAUGAUACAAGUGACUGUGUCAUCAACAGAACUAUCCAGACUUUGAUGACAAGCUGGUGACGAUGAUUAAUUAGAAUCAGGUGUGUUAAAGCAGGGAAACAUCUAAAACAUGCAGGACACCGGCCCUCGAGGACCAGGGUUGAUGACCCCUGACUUAGUGGAUUUUAUCUUGCAAAUUAUGUCACCCUUUAUUUUUUAAAGAAAAAAAGGUUAUUUAAUGUUUGUUUUUGCCUUUUCUGAGAUAAGUUGUUCAGCAAGGCAGCCCAAAACCGGUUUUUAGUGUAAAGUUCCUGAAGACAUCUCAUUAUUUUGUUUCUUUUUGUGGCCAAAUGGCUGGUUUUGUUCACACUUCUUCCCCCCGAGGUCACAGCGGUGUCUCGCAGGCAUGAAAACAGUAGUUUAUAACACCACCUGCUGUUUGCUUAACCUAAUUUACUCUAAAUGAAUUAAAGCAAACAAGCUGAUGACUUGUGAGCAUAACAUCCUUUUCAUACUUCAUCCUCCUUUCAUUGAAGCAACUCCAUGAGCUCUUCAGCCAUGAUGUGGGUAUGAUAUCAUGCCGCCUGCGCCUGAUGUCAAACCUGAUGCAGCGUCAUGUUGGAUCAUACAAUUCAAAGUAUAAAAACACUAUUCAAGCAGCCCAGUUCAUGACUGUUUCCUUUAAAGAACCCCCCCCUUCAUUUUCUGCAUGUUCAUCAUAUAUAAUCAGACAAGUUCGUCGGUAUCUAGAUGUGUCUCUGAUGUUUGAGCCAGAUCUUAAUUCAGCUCUUUCCUCUUUGAAGAAGAAAAGAUGCUGCAGCACUCAACGUGAAAACUAAUGUUGCACUGAUAUAUUUAAAAAAAAUGUGUUUAUGAUGCUGAUUUAUGAAAAGAGAGGAGGAAGGAGAGAGAGAGAGGAGAGGAUAGUGUUAUUGUUGUUUCUUUUUAUUACAGUUUCAGAUGGCAAUGUUAUAAUUCUGAAAUGUAAAAUUUACAUGAGAUGUUUUUCAUUCUUGGAAAAGCUUAUAUGCGUAACAGUUUUAUUUACUUGGUAUAAUAUCACCUUGUGUUUUUGUACCGUCACUGAUGUGUGUGCCAUUGUUUCAUUUUUUUUUUCUUUGUAUGACAAGAAAAGAUGUUUUAUUUUCAGUACUGUUUCCGUAAUUUUGCUGUCUGAAAAAAAGAAAAAAGAAAAAAAAAACAAAGUAAAAAGAAUUAGAACGCAGUGAGGCCUUAUGUGACUAAAAGUAUUGUUUGUACAUUGACUUUCUGGUCAGCACCCAGACUCAUCCGUCUCUGUUGUCUCAGACUCAUCACUGACUAUUACAUUCCAAAGAAUUGGAUCAAAUAAAUGUUUUAAGUAAAA